AUGACUAGGAAGCUGGAGCGGGCCGGCUGGCUGGCCCCCGACCCCGCGGAUGAAACCCCAUGCUGGACAUCAGAGCUGCGGCUGCUGCAGGCCCAAGACAAGGGCGACAUGGCUGCGUGGCGGAGACAGGACCUGCGGCAUCUGGGGAACCAACCGCUGGCCACCGAGCCUGUGGCUGAGGGGCAGGAGGGGCAGCAGACACCAGUCAGGGACCCAGAGUUGUUCCAGGAGGCACAGUUGCAGGGUGCUGAGGGUGGGCAGUCCCAGGACAAGGAGCCCGGCCCUGAGGGGGCUGAGCAGCGAGCCACCACCAGGCAUCAGCAGACCAAAGCAGCCCUCAGGGAGGAGGGUGGCCAUCAGGAGGGGCUAGCAUGGCACCCCAAGACUGGGAUGAAGGUGACAAGCACCUCCAGUGUCACAAGGGCGGCCCAGUCCCCUCUCAGCAAGCGACGAGGGCCCUCUGGGAGGACCAGCGGGGGUCGUCAGCAUCCGGACCCCUGGGUGAACAGAGGGGAGGACGUGGACAAGCUGUGUCCCGAGGACAGGGAACCCCUGGGGGAUGGAACGAAAGAGGUGGCCCAAGACAGGCGGAGGCAGCUGGGGAAGGAGGUGGCCACCUUUACCCACUACCUGAAACCUGACCCUCUGGAGUCGAGCCGAGAGGCCAGGCGGCCGGAGCAGGGACAGUGGCCAGUGGGCUUGACCCGCAGAAAGGGGGCCGUGUGUGCCACCCCUGUGGGCAGGCCGGGGGGCUCUCAGAGGUGGCACCGGGAGCUCGAGUUCGCCUUCGAGGAGCUGUUCGCCACCAACCGGAAGCUGAAGGCCCAGCUGGGCUUACACUUGGAGCAGAAGCCCAGGAAGGGGCAGAGCCUCACAGCGGACCAGGGCCCCCGAAAGGCCGAGAUGGGGGCGACGCCCACCCAGGACAACCUGAAAACGUUGCUGGCCAAGAUCGAGACCCAGAAAUACCACCGCCUAGCCAAGACCAAGUUUGAUGAGAAAAGCAAGGUGGCUAAAGCCAGCCGUAAGCAGGAAGACGCAGCCUCACCUCCCAGGUCCUGGCCUGGAAAGGACUCCCCCAAAAGCACCAGGCUGGUGGAGGGCGGCCAGCUGGCCGACGGAGGGGGAAGGGGCACGACAGAGGCCAAGCAGACCCCGGAGGCGACAGCACUGAGGAGACAAAAGACACUGGAGCUACUGGAACAGACAGAACACCCCAAGAUGAGCCCAUUCACUGUGCAUGGGGCUCGGCAGGAGGCCCGGAAGCGGGAGCAGAGGAAGGCACCCUCGAAGGCAACCCCCAUGCACUCCCUUGACUUUGAGGGUGCCCUGGGGCCCGGCAGCACCCCCAGCCUGGUGGGCAGCAGCCUGGAUGACAGCAGGCACAGCCAGAUGAUUGUGAACCUGCAGCAGCAGAUCAUUGAGCAGAACAAGGUGCACCGGCAGUUCCUGGAGGAAGCCCGGAAGCGUCUGCAAGAGUUUCAGAAGAUAUGCUGACCGAGAGCGGCCCAGCGAGACCAAUACAGAACCCAUCUCUGGGACGCUUGUCUGA